GACUGCUAAAAGCUGAUAAAAGAAAAGGGUUUACUUACAAACGGUGAAUCCUUGCAGUUCACUGCUGCGUGGCACAUCAGCCAAGAUCCUCUGCCGAUCUAUUUCCAGUAUAGUCCCUCAGUGUCGUUUACCCCAUUUAAAAUCCGACCCUUUUCAUCCGGGGAUUUUAGUUGACUCGUUAUACUGACUUUGUAAAUGUGGGAGAUGACACCCGCCGUCAAUCUCAAAUCAAAUUGUAACGUCGAUUACCCCGGAAUGCGAGUGUUACCCAUCAGGAUGUGCUCCGUGUUUUGCAUUCUCUGCGGGAUCACGUCCAUCAGCACACAGACGGCCGCUUUAGCCAUUUUCUUGGAGACAUUUGAUCGUCAUUACGUCAACUUCCCUUCGGACUUUGUCGGUCCCGGUAUUUGGGGUGGAUCGUUCGAUGUAAUCGCUGGCUGUUUGGGCAUUGCUGUAACUUACGCGAGGAAAAAGACGCUGCUCGUUUCGACUGUUGUGAUGGCGGCCGUAUCGAUUUUCGCUUCGUUCUCAACGUCUUUACUGUCAGCCGGGGCGGCUUCGUUAGGCGUUUACAGCUCUUGCUACAGAAAAUUCGGAUACUCUAAUUCGAUAUGUGACACAUGGCUGGAGUUGCAAUGGGCGUCAAUGAGCUGUGGCAUUUUAGCCUUGAUCAGCUCAAUAGUCCUCGUCAUCCUGACAUCAGGAUCUCUUUGUACUUGUUGCAGGAAGCAUAAUAGUAUCGUAGACAUGUACAAAGCUUUAAAAAUGGCGCGAGGUACGAAUUUCAAGGCAACUUCUAGCGGUGAUUACCCCAACAUGAAAGUGAAACACAUCCGGAUUUUUGCUGCCAUUUGCAUUGCCAGUGGCAUCGUCUCCAUUCUUUUGCAGUUUGUCGCCAUAUUGAUGGUCAUAGCGAAUAAUGAAUAUAGUAACAACUUUCCUUCCGACAACAUUGGCUGCGGAAUUUGGGCUGGAGUGCUUUAUUUGAUAGCUGGAAGCUUGGGCGUGGCUGUCACUAAAACGAAGAAAAAAAGGCUGCUUGUCGCUGUUGUGGUGGUAUCGUCCUUAUCGAUUUUCGCGUCGAUCGUAACCUUCAUACUGUCAAGCGGUGUGGCUAUCUUCGGUGGUUAUAGAUCUUGCUUAUGGCGUUUUGGAUACACGAUAUGUAACGCAUGGCUGGGAUUGGAAUGGACAAUAGUGACGUGUAGCAUCUUAGCUCUCAUCAGCUCCAUAGCCCUGCUGAUCCUGGCAUCUGGAUCUCUAUGCACUUGCUGCAGAAAGCAUGAAAUGAGAGAUCCUUUCUCGUACAUUGAAGCCACGAACGUCGGAGAGCGAAUGGCACAUCGUCAACUGCAAUUCGACGAUGACUUGUAGAACAAGCAAAACUGCAGAGAACAAAAUCGAUAUACGUUUUGAAUCCGUUUGUCAUGCAUUGUUCAUGUAGAGCCAUUGUUUCCACGUAUAACACUUGAUACAGUAACGCUUUGGAUUAUGCCAACACCGAAAUCAAA